UCUUAAUCAGCUAAAUAAUUUUUAGCUAACCGAUUUAUUUAUAGUUGUUCUUUGCUUAUCGAUACCAAUUAUUAAUGUCAAUCGUCCAAGCGCGCUUUUCGAUCAAUUCCGAAGACUUUUUUUUAAGUAAAUCAUACAAUAACUAUUACUGCCUUUUUUUUUAAAUGGGGAACAACCAGGAACUUGUUUGCGAUAUAUGCGGCUUCGACACCAGUGACCCGCUGCUUUACGGUGAUUGGAUGACCCGUAAUCAAGUGCGGGUGCACUAUUAUUGCCUGCUUUGCUCGACAAACUUACCCCAGCGUGGCGGCGAUUCAGCCGGCAUUCUUGGCUUCCUUCUGGUCGAUAUACGUCGAGAGGCAGCUGCCGCCAAGAAGAGGAGGUGCACCUACUGCCAGAAGAUGCAGGCCAGUGUCCAGUGCAGAAAUUGUUCGACAAUCUUCCAUUUAAAGUGCGGAAUCGAGAAUCGGUGCACCUUCCAGUUUAUUGGACAGUUCGAUAGCUUUUGCGACAAAUGCACGCCGAUGGAUGACUACAAACGCGAACUAGUGGCCAAUCCGCCCAAAAAGAAGCCCUGCGAUAUCUGUCUCAAUCCCAUUUCUCGUUUUUCGUUAUUCAACGCCGUUUACGGAGACUGCUGUCGCAAAGGAUUUGCCCACAAGAACUGUAUGCGUCGUUAUGCAUUGGCAUCGGGCUAUUAUUUACGCUGCAUCUGGUGCCGAGAUACUAAGUUCCGGGAAACGAUUUGCAUGCAGUCGAUAUUCGUGCCGGAUCGCGAUGCCACGUGGGAGCAGCAGAAGGGCGCAUACCGAGAGCUCCAUGAGCGCACUGUGAGCUGCAACUUGGAAAAUUGCCUUUGCCCCAAUGGCAGAAACUUUAACAGAAACACAUGGUUGUUGUUGACCUGUAAACUAUGCGCCUCCACAGGCGCACAUGCCAAGUGCUUGGCAGGCACUUUUCGCCUGUCCAAGAGAGACGAGCCCAAUGAAUUUAAGUGUACUUUAUGCGAAGAAGUGGAGAACAAAAUCUCAGAAAUCCCGACACAAAAUCUAGAUGCUUCUAUUACUGGCAACGGGAGCCAAGUGGACGUCUCGUUUUACGUGCACAAAUCGGGUCCAAAUAUGCCACCACCUGCUCAAACUGAGAUGCCGAUGUUUUCUGACACGGAGGACGAAGACUCAAUGAGCGCAAAUAGUAGUGUCAUUACUGUUAUAUCCAGCCAAGCCAGAAACAAGGCCAUUCGAAUAUCUCCACAACCAAGUAACGUAUCGGCAGCAGUAGAAUCUGAAGUAAUUGAAAUUCCUGAUUCGCCUAUACCGAACGAAAGCAACGAUAUUUUCAAAAUGGAGCCAUCAGCACCAGUAGAAAUCGAGGUUUCUCAGUUAAACUCUGCUCCAGAUACAGAUCCUCAUACCCUACUGAUGCUUAAGGAAAGCUUUCGAACCAAUGAACCAUACUACUACGUGGUAAUCUACGAAUUCGAGCAGGGCAUACCCAACGGCGACUGCGUGGGAACCUGCACAUUGCGAUUUAACGUCGACGAUCCCCGCAUUCAGGAUACCUCGAAAGAAGCUUUGCAGCGCAUCAAGUUAACUCCAGACGAUAUAUGGUUCCGUGAUAAGGAUCGCGGUGUUUAUGGGCAAAUCGAUAGGUUCAAACAACGGCGUCUGGAUAAUAAAGAGAAAUCCUAAGUUAUCCUAUUUUUCUUUUCAAGGUUAUUAUUAUUGGACAAUUAUUUAUUUAUAUAUAUUUAAGACCAUAAUUGAAUUUUGUUGUUAUAAUUGGUAGACCCAAGAACAUGUUUAUGUUAAGCAUCGAAUGUACAAAUUUUAGUUGAAUUUUAAAUGAAAGGGCUACAGAAAAGCAAUUUUGUAGACAAAAUCUUAGAAUAUACUCAGUUAAAUUUUUUAAUAUAUGUAUAUAGUUAUUCCAGUGAAAAUACAUGCAUGCAGCUAAACCUGAAA